AUGACAAUGAUGCCAAGAAGGAAGAGACCAACGGUCACCAUCACCUGUCUCAUCUUGGCUGCAGCCAGCUGCUUUGGUAAUGUGGGUGAAGUCCCUCAGGUGACUGUCCAGCCCACUUCCACGGUCCAAAAGCAUGGGGGUCCUGUGAUUCUAGGCUGUGUUGUGGAACCACCAUGGGUGAACAUCACAUGGAGGCUGAAUGGGAAGGAACUGAACAGCUCAGAUGAUGCACUGGGGAUCCUCAUCACUCGUGGAACCCUUGUCAUUGCUGCUCUCAACAACCAUACCGUGGGUCGUUACCAGUGUGUAGCCAGAAUGCCUGCAGGAGCAGUAGCCAGCGUGCCUGCCACAGUGACACUAGCCAAUCUCCAGGACUUCAAGUUUGAUGGCCAGCAUAUUAUUGAGGUGGAUGAAGGGAAUACAGCUGUCAUUGCCUGUGACCUUCCAGAAAGUCAUCCAAAAGCCCAGGUUCGCUACAGUGUCAAACAAGAAUGGCUGGAAGCCUCUAGAGACAACUACCUGAUCAUGCCAUCAGGAAACCUCCAGAUUGUCAAUGCCAGCCAGGAAGAUGAAGGGAUGUACAAGUGUGCUGCAUACAACCCUGUGACUCAGGAAGUGAAAACUUCUGUCUCCAGUGAUCGGCUUCGUGUGCGGCGAUCUACUGCUGAAGCUGCUCGGAUAAUUUACCCCCCAGAAGCUCAGACCAUCAUUGUGACUAAAGGUCAGAGCCUUAUCCUUGAAUGUGUGGCUAGUGGAAUCCCACCUCCAAGGGUCACCUGGGCUAAGGAUGGCUCCAGUAUUGUGGGCUACAACAAAACCCGCUUCCUGCUCAGCAACCUUCUAAUCGACACCACCAGUGAGGAGGAUUCUGGAAGCUACAGAUGCAUGGCAGACAAUGGGGUUGGGGAGCCAGGAGCAGCUGUCAUACUCUACAAUGUCCAGGUAUUUGAGCCCCCUGAGGUCACCAUGGAACUAUCUCAGCAGAUCAUCCCAUGGGGCCAGAGUGCUAAAUUUACCUGUGAAGUACGGGGGAACCCUCAGCCCUCUGUGUACUGGCUGCGGAAUGCUGUGCCCCUUGCCUCUAGCCAGCGUCUGCGGCUCUCCCGUAAGGCCCUACGGGUGGUGAGUGUGGGUCCCGAAGAUGAAGGGGUGUACCAGUGCAUGGCAGAAAAUGAAGUUGGAAGUGCCCAGGCCAUGGCACAGCUGAAGACAGCCCGGCCUGGAACAACCCUGAAACCAUGGCGAGAGGCCAAAUUGGGAUCAGCUCAGUCUCCCACACCUUCUUCCAGGCCUAGCAGCCCUGACAAGACACUUCGGGAUCGAGCUCUGCUUCUGAGACCUAGGCCAACAGCCCUGCCUGCCUCCCUCCAAUGCACAACUGCAAAAGGGCAAGUCUCUCCAGCGGAGGCCCCCAUCAUCCUUAGCUCUCCCAGGACAUCCAAGACAGACUACUAUGAACUGGUGUGGAGGCCUCGGCAUGAUGGUGGCAGCAGAGCCCCGAUACUCUACUACCUGGUGAAACAUCGCAAGGUAUAG